UUUUACUGUGAAUGACAUCUUUUACUGUGAAUGGAAAUUAAAUAAAUUAAGGGCAUAUCCAGCAGGAGUGCUGAGAAGCAAUAGGUAAAGGCUUUUUCUAGUGAAGAUGCCCCAGGUAAAAUCUUGUGGAUCCAGACACACAUUUUGAUCUUGACGACUGCUCAGCUUCAUCCUCAGUUCUCCGGAGUUUUAAGGAUUCUCCAGAACCAAAAGCCUCAACCAGAACUGCUACUGACCAUAACUGCUGCUGAAACCAGAAGGAAAUGAGUUGCCUCCGUGCUUGCUUCAGAGAUAGAAGUCCUCGUGCAGAGAGAGAAGCUAUGAAAAAGCAAAGCUCUGCUCAGGAGCAUGAGACUAUUGAAUUACAAGAAAGUAAUGUGGAGGAAAGUGAGGUUGACCGUGACAAGCCUCUAAAUACGGAAACAAGAAAGGAGAGCGAUCACUGGAAAUCAUGUGGGAAUGUAGUCUUCUGGAAGUGUAAACUAUGGAUGGUUAUAACUACAAUUUUUCUAGUAUUCUUCCUGGUCAUUCUCAUCAGCCUAAUUCUUUAUUCUAAUGUUUACACAGAUGAGGAUGACUAUUGGGAUCCUGAUGCACUGCGAAAUAGUGGAAAUUGUCGCAAUUUCUCAGGAACAUUGGAGUUAAUGUGUGGCCUCCCACACCUUUUCUCUGAAGAGAUUACUAAAAGGUUAACAGAUGUCUACAGUUCAUCUCCAGCUCUAGGACGCUACUUUAGGUCAGCUCAGGUGGUUUAUUUCAGUAAUGAAAGCUCCACUGUAUUUUAUCAGCUAGAGUUUUCUGUACCACCAUCAACAGAGGGCUUUAUGGAAAACACAAUGAACCCAGAUUUUAUAAGGAAUGUUUUACGUCAAAAUAUUUAUGAUGAAGAUGAUACUUCUAAUCCUGGGACAUCUGAAUGCAACAGGUUAAAGCUUGACCCAAAUUCUCUCACAUUAACAUAGAAAUGAUGGAAAGACUCAUCUUCCUCACCACCUAGAAGAGAUGGGCUUCUCCCACCUAAUCUAAUCCCAGGGCAGGGAGCUAUUCAUUAAGUAGAAACACUUCCAAAGACGUCCUGUAAAUAUUGUCCAUGAUGCAUUAUUGUAACUGGAAAAUGUGGUAUAUUUAUAACAGUGUUGUACUCCUAAAACACCGCUACCUCCUUCUUUAUGUUGUCCUGAUGUCUCAAUAACCCGUUUCACUCCCGUGAAAAUCACGUCUUGUCUGAUGCAUGCUCUGCUGACUUUGAAACUUCUGCUUUUCCUUUCCUAACGAUCCAAUCUGGAUUCCCUGCACAAGCUUUGAAAGCAGUCUUGCAUAUGGCUCCUUUCUUCUUCUUUUGGUUUAUCCAAAAUUAUCUGCACAACUACAUCCUUAACGCUCACUUCCACCCAUGCUCAUGUCAGUUACCUUUUCUCCCUGUUAACCUUACAUUCCAUGUUUCCCGUUGCUCUUUCCUCAUAAAACAGCCUGAAAACUUAAAUACCUUCUCUAUUUUCUUUAAUUACAUGCAAGACCUUCGCACUAGUUUAAGCGAGCUUCAACUCUCAUCAUUCCCUUGUUCACCCUACAGUGUUCCUGGGUAGGGUGGUAUCUGCUUUAUUUUUUCCUUCUGUAAUGUGAAAUAGAAAUGAAGAAAGAAACAUCAGGAAGAAACGUGUCUUGUUCACUAACACAUCUGAAUGCCACAGGAUAGCUGUGUGCUUUAAUAACUAGCUGCUGGUAUUAAUGAAUAGACAUCUACUUGACCCACAUUUGUAAAUUCAAGAAGAAACUAGUCUAUACCCUUAAUUAUAGUCCCUGUCCCAGCGGUGGGGAUAAAAAUGAGCAGAUGCAAGAUAUUUGCCUUAAUAAGGCAGCAAAUAGUUCUUCUUGUUGACAGGAGAUCAGAUGAGAUGGACCAAUGCCAAGAGGAAGGUACUGAAACAGACCAUAUAGGCCAGCGUGUCAUGACAGUUACAGCCAGUAAGUGGCUAUAACACGAAAAUUGAAAAUUAAGCAUUAACUUUAUGCGGAACGGAAUGGAUUCACUACCAUGUUAGUGAGGUAUAGCUUCCUGUCAUUUGUUUAUAGCCAGUAUAAAUGUUAGUACUGUUGGACAGACAAAUUUAUUUUAAGAAACCUUUUAUAUCGUGCAAAAUUUAUUAUGGGAAAUUGUGUUUCUCUUUUUCUAAUAUUACUGGUUUAUUUAAGGAGUAAUCUGACAAUUUUACUGUGCAUUAAAUUAUUUAUUUUUACUCUUAAA